AUGUAGUUCAUGUUCACGUUUUCUAUGUUCACAGAAGGCAUAUCGCUUUUAGGGAUCACCUAAAAGUGGGCCGUGACGUUUCUCAGUCUUAUCUCUGGCAACCGAAAAUGAAUCGUUUUGCAAAAUCCUUAGGAGUAAGGAAACUCGUGAUUAUUUUAUGAGCACGCAUUUUUGGGGUCCAGUUGCCAAUUGGGCGAUACCAAUUGCUGCUAUUAGCGAUAUCCGGCGAGAUCCUAAAUACAUCAGUGGAAAAAUGACUUUUGCCUUAUGUCUAUAUUCAGCAAUGUUCAUGAGAUUUGCCAUCAAAGUGCAACCACGCAAUAUGCUUCUAUUUGCCUGCCACUUUGUUAAUGAAGGUGCACAAGUUACGCAAGGUUGUAGAUUUAUUAAUCAUCAUUAUCUAAAUAAAAAGGAAUGAUAAAUUAAGAAA